CAAAGCGCCCUAAAAGUUCUGGCCUGAGCACCUGCGCAUAGGAGGGAGGUGGCCCAGGAAUUUCGACCUCACGAAUUCUCAUCUCUCGUCAUAAAAAACGGCCAUCGCCAAUUCCUCGCCAAUGAAUUCUCACGUUGUCGGGCGGCCGCUUGGCUGCCUAAAGACUGCCUUGAGAAGAUCAAGACAGCAAAAACUCUUCCAAAAAGGCAUCGCUACUCGCGCUGCCCCCGCCCUAGACCAGGCGUUGAACCCAAGACAGAAGGCAAACAUGAUCAAAGUCAGCAAGUUCGAAGUUUAUCCUCGAGUCCCUUCUAUCCGAUCCUCCUAUCCCGACCCCAUGCCGCUCCUACAACAGGCUCAAAUCACAAUGCUCGACCCAACAGGAGCCCGAACACGCCUGUUCUCGCGCGACCAGGCCGAUAGCGCAAAGCCUGGAGACGUCCUCAUGGUUUCCACAAAGACAGGCGAACCCUUCUCGGGCGUCCUCUUGGACAUUCGCCGUCGUGGUGCUGAGAGCUCCAUUCUGCUUCGCGGCCAAAUGAUGAAGACGAGCGUGGAGACAUCGUUUAAAAUCUAUAGCCCGACAGUUACGGGAAUCAAUAUUGUCUGGAGACGGCCAAAGCGCGCCCGUCGUGCCAAGCUGACCUACAUGCGCAAGCCUAAGCACGAUAUGGGCAGCGUGGACCACUUGGUUGCGGCUUGGAAGCAGGAGAAGUUUGCCCUGAAGGCUAGAACAAAGGGAAGCAAGCAGAGGCAGGCGAAGAAAUAAAGUUGAGCAUAGCAGCCAGGCAAUGUUCAAGCACAGGCAAGCAGACACUGUAUGAUAUUUCAAAACGAGGUGGACGCGCACGGUAGAUAGCGAUUCCCCAAUGUACCAUCAUUUUUAACUUC